ACUAGAGAAUUGUUAUUCACGGAAAAUUCACAUUAUUAUACGUAACAUAUUGAAUCAACAACAGGAGGUCAACAAGUUACUAACACUCUGCAAAGUUUAUAAAUACUCGACAUUCUCCAGGAAUGGUAACCACCUAGCUAGGCUUCACUCUCUCGUCAACAACCAGUACACAGCGAAAGAACAACAGAGGCUGGUGGUAGGGACACAUCACCUGCCUGGUAUAUAUAAUAUGAAAGCAAACUAAAGUCAUCAUACCAGAAGAGCUUUCACAUUCUGCUGCUUUGGAUCAUUCAGGCUUGGCUGAUUCCUCUCAUUUUCAAGUAGCUAUCCCUUCCUUUCUCAUUAAAUUUGAAGAGUAUCAGAUUAAAAGUAAAUCAUGACUUCUCGUGGAUUGAACAGCAGACCACGUUCAAAGACAGAUCAUCAAACAUGGACUCUUCCUAGAGGAGCAAAGACUAGCCAUCCAGGACCAGGAAUGACCUGGGCACAAGAUGACAUGUCAGCCUCAUCACUAAAGAGAUCUUACAUAUCAAAUGGGCCAGCAAGGCCAGCACCACUUCCCCCAAUUAGGGCCUCCUCGAUAAAACCAGUCAGGAAAGCACCCCCACCACCUACAGCUGGGAGCAAGACUGUUAAAAAGUCAUCACCAGUUACUAGUUAUCCACUAGAGCCACCUCCCGUUCCUUCAUCUCCCAGACCAACUAUAGCAAGGCAUAGAAGUGUCCUUGAGUCUGAAUUGCACUCUAAAUCCUUACCACCCAGUCCACAAGGAAGCAGCACCAUGCUUGCUAAGAAACAGCAUGUACCUCUAGCUGCUACUAGUUCACUCUUGAGCUUCUCUCCUCCUCCUCCUCCUUCGCCCUCAGAUUGCGAAGAACUCUACGAGUUGACACCAUCAUUCAAGAUGAAAGAUGACUCUCCACCUCCUCUACCAAAUCGACCAGUUUCUGUUUCCUCAAGACCUUUAUCAGCAUCAUCAUUAGACAGACCCCCACCUCCACCUAAAACUAAUCCACCAGGACCUCGUCCUCCUCCUCCCCCUCCACCCCCUCCUGCUCCUAUCCCCCAGUUACCUCCAAAACCAGAUAAAUACAAGAAUUAUAUAGAAUCGCUAGAGGACAAUAACGGCGGAUAUUGUGAUGUCGAUUCUGCUGUCCAGUUGAAGGCAGAGUAUGAGCUUGCACAGAAAGUAAAGCAAGCAAUGCCUAUUGAAGUAAAGGCUCCUUCUCCUCCUCCAUUUGUGCAUAAACCAGAAGAGGAGUGUGAAGAAGAUGUAUACGAGCAAAUGAAUAGUCAUAUUGUUGAGGACGACUACAUUGUAAUGUCACCAGUUAACACGCUUGUGCUCCCGAAAAAGAAAAAAGAUAAAGAACUGUCUGAUAGCAUUGUUCCGGAACCAGGGGUUCCUGUUUUGCCCCCAAAGCCUCGUCAGUUGCACUCUGCCAGUAGUCAAGUAGCCAUUGCAGCUUCUUCUCCUAAUGCUUCUAGUGAAGCAAGGCAAAAAUCACCAAAAAAUGGUCCAAAACCAGGUCCAAAACCUGGUACUAGUUCUAAUGAAGCAAAGAAGAGAAGUUUGUCUCAAAGAUCAUCAGCUCUUUGUCUACCCACUGAUCAUCCAAGCACUCCAGUUGGUCUAUUAAAGACGGUCCCAAAGAACAAGACAUCAGCACCUCAUUUUCCUCCUCCUUCUCCUCCUCCUGCCUUCUCUUUUGGACAAGUCAAAGUACUGCCUAAAAAUAAAUCCUCGGCUCCACAUCUUCCACCACCCACUCCUUGUCAAGAAGAAGAGGAAGAAAUCCAAGAGGAUUAUGGACCAGUGAAAUACAGCAUUGAGGAUAAUGAGAGCAAAGAUGAAGAUCAGGAUCUUUAUGUUUAGCAGGAAGCAAGGAGAAAGAAGUGAACUUAUUGUAUCCAGUGUUAUUGUUGUUUGUGUUUGUUGGUCAUAAUAUUUUUGAUGUGAUCAUUUUUGUUUUUAUAAUCAUAGAGGAAGUUUUAUAGUGUCACAUGUUGUUCAACGAGAAGUUUACAAAAAUAUCACUGUCUAUAAAUAUAAAUAGCAACAAUGUUAUACAGUGUUGCUCAUAGUGGUGGAGUUAGCAUGCUACAUCAUUUCAUUAUAGAAAUAACUUUUGAAAAUAUCAA